AUGUCUUAAGAUCAAUGUUAUGACUAGGGAUUGUCAGGCUAAUCUUCUCUAUCACCUUCUCAUUAGUGUGUUUAGAAAAGAAUGAACCAAUUUUCAAUUGAUUUUUUUAUAGAAACACGAUUUAUCACUCAGGAAGAUUUGAAACAAAUUUUAGAUAGUGUUCGAGUAAUUGAUUCAAUAAUAUAUCUUAGUGUUUAUAUGAUAUUCGUGCAAUCAAACUGAAUCCUUAGAAUCAAAUUCCAGCUUUGGAUGGCACUGCAUUUUCUGUAAUUGAUCCUGAUGAAAAUAAAUUAAAUGCAAGAUGUGAUGCAAUUAAUAAAAUACUUUAAUUAAUAGAAUAAAGAAACAAACAAACAAUUGAAGUAAUUAUGCUGAUUCCUGAAGGUAUACUCAAUUAAUAGCAUAGGUACUGUCUCAUGUGUGAUUGGAACCUAGGGAAAAUACAUAGAGCACAUUAAAUUAGAGACUAAGGCUCAUCUUGUAGUUAAUUAACCAAUCUUUGAAUUUUAAUUAAGAACAGUAAAAAUUAGCGGUAAAUAUUAGCUCAAUAUCAUUAAUUAGGGGAGUCUUCUUGUAUUUUUAAUGCAAUUAAAAUGAUCAUAAAAUAAUUGUAGGAUAGAGGAAUCUCUAAUUAAGAUUAUACUAAAAAAGCUGAACCAUUAGAUCCUAGAAGAGCUAUGACAAAAGUAUUUAUAAUUAAUAUUAGAGGCCAAAUUUGCAUUUUAGAGUGUGAUAAUAGAAUAUAUAUUAAAAAACAAAGACUUUGAGAGAAAAUACUCUGUAACAUUGAAGGGAAAAGGAAUUAGUGAUAUAAAAAUAAAAGUAUGAAUUAAAAGCUAAUCAGAAAAAUAAAUUGAAAAAUGGUGAAGGAGUUCUGCAAAUUGAUGGGACAUUAUUUAAUGUUUAAGAGGCAAUUUAAAAUAUUAUCAAGAAAGUGGCUCAGUAGUUCAAGAAGAAUGAAUUUGAUAUAAGAAUAGUAAUGCCUGCUAACUUUGCAUCUAAAUUAAUCGGGCCGAGUAAAGAACUCUUUAUUAAUAUAAAUAGAAGGAUGUUAGAUCAAAGAGUUGGCAAAUAAAGCUAAAGGUGCUUAGAUAAAGGUUCUUUCAGAUAGGGAUGACACGGAUCCUAAUUAAGGUUAGAAUUCUAAAGAAUUUUAGAUUGUUUGGUAUAAGUGACAGGAUCAAUCGAAAAUAAAUAGGAAGCAACAAUAUUGAUUUUGGAAUAAAUUGAAUGUUUCAAAAAUGGAGGCCCUGUAUAUAAAUAAUUAAUAAGAUCCUUGAAAGUGGAAAGUACAUAAAUGAAAAUUUUGCAUAAUAAUACAAAAACUCAGUGCAGGUCUAUGACAUGAAGCAAAAGAGGUUAGUUUAAAAGAAUUAAUUAGGUAGACAUUACUCAAUUUCUUCGAGUUCAGAGAGAAGGUAGAGAUCAAGGUCAUCAAAUAAAAGAUAAAAAUAUUUAAGAAGAUCUAGAUUUUCAUCUAGGUAUUUAUGACAACAAAUUAGUUCUAAUAAAUCCACUAGGCGCAGGUCGAAAUAAUAGGGACUCAAGACCAAAAUUGUUGUUAAAUAAUCUCUUAUUGAAUUAAUACAUAAAUAAUUAGUUCGAUUUUGCCAGGAUAUGAGUGUUUAAAUAAAGACCUACCCUUCUGUAUUUUAUGAAAUAGAUAAAUAGGAUAUAGGAUGGGAGAGUAUCAUUAAAAUAAGUGGUGAUGUUAGAGGUUGCAUAACAGUUAUCCAAUAUAUAUUAAAUGAGUAAUGUAAAUUAUCCAAGAGAUGA